CAGAUUCCCCGGGGCUUCCCUACCAUAGACAUGGGCCCACAGUUAAAGGUGGUUGAGCGUACUCGCACAGCCACCAUGCUCUGUGCAGCCAGCGGUAACCCAGAUCCAGAAAUCACUUGGUUCAAAGAUUUCUUGCCUGUGGACACAAGUAACAACAAUGGACGCAUCAAACAGUUACGAUCAGAAUCUAUUGGUGGUACACCAAUAAGAGGCGCCCUCCAAAUUGAACUGAGUGAAGAAUCCGACCAAGGAAAAUAUGAGUGUGUUGCCACCAACAGCGCUGGUACUCGCUAUUCUGCCCCUGCCAAUCUUUAUGUCAGAGAGCUGCGAGAAGUUCGCCGGGUCCCACCCAGAUUUUCUAUCCCACCCACUAAUCAUGAAAUCAUGCCAGGCGGGAGUGUUAACAUCACCUGUGUGGCUGUGGGGUCACCAAUGCCAUAUGUUAAAUGGAUGCUAGGGGCAGAAGAUCUGACACCUGAAGAUGACAUGCCAAUAGGACGAAAUGUCCUAGAGUUAAAUGAUGUAAGGCAGUCAGCAAAUUACACAUGUGUCGCUAUGUCAACCCUUGGUGUCAUUGAAGCGAUAGCACAGAUCACAGUCAAAGCCUUGCCCAAGCCUCCUGGAACUCCUGUUGUGACGGAGAGCACAGCAACAAGCAUUACCUUGACGUGGGACUCGGGGAAUCCUGAGCCAGUUUCUUACUAUAUUAUUCAGCACAAACCUAAAAAUUCUGAGGAAGCUUAUAAAGAAAUUGAUGGUGUGGCAACAACACGCUACAGUGUUGCUGGCCUAAGCCCUUACUCUGAUUAUGAAUUCCGGGUGGUUGCUGUCAAUAACAUCGGGCGAGGUCCACCCAGUGAGCCUGUCUUAACUCAGACCUCAGAGCAAGCGCCUUCCAGUGCCCCUCGUGAUGUGCAGGCUCGAAUGUUGAGUUCAACCACCAUUUUGGUUCAAUGGAAAGAACCUGAGGAACCCAAUGGGCAGAUUCAAGGCUAUAGGGUUUAUUACACCAUGGACCCUUCUCAGCAUGUCAACAACUGGAUGAAGCAUAAUGUUGCUGACAGUCAGAUCACUACUAUUGGGAACUUAGUGCCACAGAAAACUUACUCUGUGAAGGUCUUGGCUUUUACCUCAAUUGGAGAUGGUCCCCUUUCAAGUGACAUUCAGGUCAUCACUCAGACAGGAGUACCAGGCCAGCCAUUAAACUUCAAAGCAGAACCUGAGUCUGAAACCAGCAUUUUGCUUUCUUGGACACCCCCACGUUCUGACACCAUUGCUAGCUAUGAGCUGGUUUACAAUGAUGGGGACCAUGGAGAAGAGCAACGGAUUACCAUCGAGCCUUCAACAUCUUACCGGCUGCAAGGGCUGAAACCCAACAGUUUAUACUAUUUCCGUCUUGCUGCCCGUUCUCCUCAAGGCCUGGGUGCCUCAACAGCUGAAAUCUCAGCCAGAACCAUGCAGUCAAAGCCAUCAGCUCCUCCUCAAGACAUUAGUUGCACCAGCCCCAGCUCCACUAGCAUUUUGGUAAGUUGGCAACCUCCACCAGUGGAAAAACAGAAUGGCAUUAUCACUGAAUACUCCAUCAAGUACACAGCAAUGGACGGGGAAGAUGACAAACCUCAUGAGAUUGUGGGAAUAUCUUCAGACACUACCCAGUACCUUUUGGAACAGUUGGAAAAGUGGACUGAAUACCGGAUCUCUGUGACAGCCCACACUGAUGUUGGACCUGGCCCUGAGAGCUUAUCUGUAUUGAUUCGGACCGAUGAAGAUGUUCCUAGUGGUCCUCCUCGCAAAGUCGAGGUAGAGGCUGUCAACUCAACAUCUGUUAAAGUGUCAUGGCGCUCACCUGUGCCCAAUAAACAGCAUGGCCAGAUACGAGGAUACCAAGUGCAUUAUGUGAGGAUGGAAAAUGGUGAGCCCAAGGGUCAACCCAUGCUGAAGGAUGUCAUGCUGGCUGAUGCACAGUGGGAAUUUGAUGAUACUACUGAACAUGACAUGAUCAUUUCUGGACUGCAACCAGAAACUGCCUACUCCCUUACAGUGACAGCCUAUACAACCAAAGGGGAUGGAGCUCGCAGCAAGCCCAAAUUGGUGUCUACCACUGGUGCAGUUCCAGGGAAACCCCGGCUGGUGAUUAGUCACACUCAGAUGAACACUGCACUCAUCCAGUGGCAUCCUCCUGUUGACACAUUUGGCCCCCUUCAGGGCUAUCGUCUAAAAUUUGGCCGAAAGGACAUGGAGCUGCUCACGACCCUUGAAUUCUCAGAGAAAGAAGACCACUUUACUGCUAUGGAUAUCCAUAAAGGAGCAUCUUACAUCUUUAGGCUUUCCGCUAAAAACAAAGUGGGCUUCGGGGAGGAGAUGGUCAAGGAGAUUUCUGUUCCUGAAGAAGUACCCAAUGGAUUCCCCCAGAACCUCCACUCAGAAGGCACCACCUCUACAUCAGUCCAGUUAUCCUGGCAGCCACCCGUCUUAGCAGAGAGAAAUGGCGUUAUCACCAAAUACACCCUUCUAUACAGGGAUAUCAACAUCCCCCACCACCCGGUGGAGCAGCUCAUUGUUCCCGCUGACACCACUAUGACACUUACUGGCCUAAAACCAGAUACCACAUAUGAUGUAAAAGUACGUGCUCACACAAGCAAAGGGCCCGGUCCGUAUAGUCCGAGUGUCCAGUUCAGGACACUGCCUGUGGAUCAAGUGUUUGCAAAAAAUUUUCAUGUCAAAGCAGUAAUGAAGACGUCAGUAUUGCUGUCUUGGGAGAUUCCAGAGAAUUAUAAUUCUGCUAUGCCUUUCAAAAUCCUUUAUGAUGAUGGGAAAAUGGUAGUUGAAGUAGAUGGCCGGGCCACACAGAAACUAAUUGUCAACCUAAAGCCUGAGAAAUCCUAUUCAUUUGUCCUGACAAAUCGAGGGAAUAGUGCUGGUGGUCUUCAGCAUAGGGUGACAGCAAAGACAGCUCCAGAUGUCCUGCGUACCAAGCCUGCCUUCAUUGGGAAAACCAACUUGGAUGGGAUGAUAACUGUGCAACUGCCAGAAGUACCAGCAAAUGAGAACAUAAAGGGUUACUACAUAGUAAUUGUGCCUUUGAAGAAGUCACGUGGAAAAUUUAUCAAGCCAUGGGAAAGUCCAGAUGAAAUGGAAUUAGAUGAGCUUCUUAAGGAGAUAUCUCGGAAACGCAGGAGCCUCCGUCAUGAAAGAGAGGUUGAACUAAAGCCAUAUAUUGCUGCUCAUUUUGAUGUUCUUCCUACUGAAUUCACCCUGGGGGAUGAAAAACAUUAUGGCGGCUUCACAAACAAGCAGCUCCAGAGUGGUCAAGAGUAUGUCUUCUUUGUCUUGGCCGUCAUGGAGCAUGCAGAGUCGACCAUGUAUGCAACCAGCCCUUAUUCAGAUCCUGUUGUAUCAAUGGAUCUCGAUCCCCAGCCCAUGACAGAUGAAGAAGAAGGACUGAUCUGGGUCGUAGGGCCUGUGCUUGCAGUUGUGUUUAUCAUUUGCAUUGUCAUAGCUAUCCUCCUCUACAAAAGUAAACCUGACAGGAAGAGAGCAGAAUCUGAUUCUAGAAAAAGCAGUAUACCAAACAGUAAAGAGGUUCCUUCUCAUCAUCCAACUGACCCAGUCGAGCUGAGGCGCCUCAAUUUUCAAACACCAGGCAUGGCUAGCCAUCCUCCCAUACCGAUUUUGGAACUUGCUGAUCAUAUUGAAAGGUUGAAAGCUAAUGACAACCUGAAGUUUUCCCAGGAGUAUGAGUCGAUUGACCCUGGUCAGCAGUUCACAUGGGAACAUUCAAAUCUGGAAGUAAACAAACCAAAGAAUAGAUACGCAAAUGUAAUUGCAUAUGACCAUUCUCGAGUUCUUUUAUCAGCAAUAGAAGGAAUACCAGGAAGUGAUUAUGUCAAUGCCAACUACAUAGAUGGUUAUAGGAAACAGAAUGCCUAUAUAGCAACCCAAGGAUCACUCCCAGAAACAUUUGGAGACUUCUGGAGGAUGAUGUGGGAGCAAAGAGGGGCAACGGUUGUCAUGAUGACAAAAUUGGAGGAACGAUCCAGGGUAAAAUGUGACCAGUAUUGGCCCAGCAGAGGCACAGAAACAUAUGGGCUGAUUCAGGUGACGCUGCUAGAUACUGUGGAAUUGGCAACAUACUGUGUUCGAACAUUUGCACUUUACAAGAAUGGUUCAAGUGAGAAGAGAGAAGUGAGGCAGUUCCAGUUCACAGCGUGGCCAGAUCAUGGGGUACCAGAGCAUCCAACACCUUUCCUAGCUUUCUUGCGACGAGUCAAAACCUGUAACCCUCCAGAUGCUGGUCCUAUGGUUGUUCACUGCAGUGCGGGAGUCGGCAGGACUGGCUGUUUCAUCGUGAUAGAUGCCAUGUUAGAGAGAAUAAAGCAUGAAAAAACUGUAGACAUUUAUGGUCACGUAACUUUAAUGAGAGCCCAGAGGAAUUACAUGGUUCAAACGGAGGACCAAUACAUCUUUAUCCAUGAUGCAUUGUUAGAAGCAGUGACGUGUGGAAAUACCGAAGUGCCAGCUAGAAACUUGUAUGCAUAUAUUCAGAAGCUGACACAAAUAGAGACAGGAGAGAAUGUCACAGGAAUGGAACUGGAAUUUAAGCGUCUAGCUAGUUCUAAAGCUCACACUUCAAGAUUCAUCAGUGCCAAUCUUCCAUGUAAUAAAUUCAAAAAUCGCCUUGUUAAUAUUAUGCCAUAUGAAUCCACAAGGGUAUGCCUGCAGCCAAUCCGAGGGGUGGAAGGAUCUGAUUACAUCAAUGCCAGCUUUAUUGAUGGAUACAGGCAACAAAAAGCUUACAUAGCAACACAGGGACCUUUGGCAGAGACAACUGAAGAUUUCUGGCGGAUGCUGUGGGAACACAACUCCACAAUUGUUGUGAUGCUCACCAAACUCCGAGAAAUGGGCAGAGAAAAAUGUCACCAGUAUUGGCCUGCAGAACGUUCAGCGAGGUAUCAGUACUUUGUGGUAGAUCCAAUGGCUGAGUACAAUAUGCCACAGUAUAUCCUAAGAGAAUUCAAGGUCACAGAUGCCAGGGACGGUCAGUCCCGAACAGUAAGGCAAUUCCAGUUCACUGACUGGCCAGAGCAAGGAGUGCCAAAAUCUGGAGAGGGGUUCAUUGACUUCAUUGGCCAAGUACAUAAAACAAAGGAGCAGUUUGGACAAGAUGGACCUAUCUCAGUCCAUUGCAGUGCGGGUGUUGGAAGAACAGGUGUCUUUAUAACACUGAGCAUUGUAUUGGAAAGAAUGAGAUAUGAAGGUGUUGUAGAUAUCUUCCAGACUGUCAAAAUGCUAAGGACACAACGGCCAGCCAUGGUACAGACAGAGGAUCAGUAUCAAUUCUGCUACCGUGCCGCACUAGAAUACCUGGGCAGCUUUGAUCACUAUGCAACGUAAAAUCCCCUGCCCCUACCUGGAUCUUUACUGCAGGCCUUUUAAGAUCUGGAGAGCCUCUUCUGAGCCAUACACCGUGCUGGAGAAGGACUUUGUAACUUCUAGCUAAAGACCAAUCAGUGGGAAUACUAAAAACAAAACAAACAAAAACA